CCCAGAAAUACCCAAAUGCUAACUCAAUCUCCUUCUCACAGAAACUCCACCGUACAUCUUCGAUUCUCUGUAUUGGAAAUCUGAAUCUGUCAUAGAAAACAUCCACACGAUCAUCCACGAGUCUAUCAGCUGAAAUCAAAUGGUGUGGAGUAUUCCUGUUGGCUUACGAAUUUGGAUUUCACGUUUCUAGGGUUUUGUUUUCACGUGGUGAUUUUAACAGUGUUUUCGGAUUCUUCUGGAUAGAGAAGAUGAUGGGUAUGGGUCUGGUCUUUCGAUCAAAAACCAGCAAGAGGAUCACUGAGCUAAAUUAUAUUUGACCUUGAAUCAGCAGUUGGCUAUAUUACAUCUGGGAACGGCUGAAGUUUUCCUACUCACUGUACAUUGACAGUGGAGUAGAGAAGAUACCAUAUCCUGUUAGAUCCAUCGAAAGCCACGUAUCUACCACAGCGUUGAAGAAUUGCUCAACAAAGGCACAUUUAGAUUGCUAACUCGUGUUCUCCGAAUUGAAGGGAAUUUGUCACUUGCUGUCUCUUGAUUCUGUUGUAGUCUCCCGAAAGAGGUCCUAAAUUAGUAAUAUCCAAGCGUCACCCCUGUCAACUCAUCACAGAUCUUAGAGGCUCAUCAGGGUCUCAUUUAAAACCCUUUACUCGGUUUGAUCGUUGACACACUAAUUCCGGCCCUCCUUCACCAAAAUCUGAUGGAGAAGACAUUGUUCCAGUCUUAGAUUCAGGGAAGUUUGUCGUUUAUUGGCGAAGUACCUUGUUUCUAUGAGACAAUGCUUCUGAAACGUUUGGUUUCAAACUUCGUUCCAUCCUUAAGCUUUGCUACUUCAUCUACAGGGACUUGUGUUCUUAAAGUGGGAGAUGUUCUGAGACAAUCAAGAAAAUUCUCUGAACAAGAUGUUACUGAGUACUCAAAACUUACCCAUGAUAUAAAUCCGCUGCACUUUGAUUCAGAAUUUGCUCGAUCUUGUGGUUUUGAAGAUCGAAUCGUUCAUGGAAUGCUUGUUGCUAGCCUAUUCCCUCGGAUAAUUGCUUCUCAUUUUCCAGGAGCUAUAUAUGUAUCUCAAAGUUUGCAAUUCAAAUUGCCUGUCUACAUUGACGAAGAAGUAGAAGCUCAGAUACUGGCUCUUAAUAUAAGGGGAAAUAGAAACAAAAACAUAGUGAAAUUCUCAAUGAAAUGCUUAAAAAAUGGGGAGCUCCUCGCUAUUGGAGGUGAGGCUGUUGCAUUGUUGCCUGCUCCUUGUUAGACGUCUCUACUGACAAGGUGAAGACUCUGCUGAAGGAUACAACUACAGUUUUGAUAUUGUCCUUAAACGUCGGGACUUUUCCAGCCUGAAAUUUACCAUUUAAUUUGUCUUUUUGCCAUGUGUUUUUACACUUAGGUUGUAAAUUCAAAUGUUUUUAGGGUUGUUCCUCUUAUAAAAAUUUAGCUAGUUUAAAAA